GCCAGCCUGGACGCUGCGCGCCGCCGCCGCCACGGGCCGCGAUGCGCAGAGGGUCCCCGCCGUCCCGGGGCCGCCGCGCCGCACCAUGAAGCUCCGCAGUAAGGCGGCAGCGCUGCUUCUUCUGGCGCUGGCCGUACUGCUGCUGGCGCUGCUGUCCUUGCGCACCCGCCGCGACCCGGAGCCCCCUGCGUUCCCCGCGCUUCCCGAGGCUGUCCCUCAGCGCCUCCACGCGCCGGUCCCCACGCGCCCUCCGGAGCCCCACGCCUUCCCCGGGGUCGCCGGCCGACGCUCCCCUAGGCGCUGGCCCCCGCGUCCGCGCCCCCGAGCCGGCCGCCCGCGCGCCGCCAGCCGCGAGAAGUUGGCGAGGAGGCCUGGCGAAGCUAGGAACUUGCACCCCGUGCCACCCGAGCUCUGGAUUCACCUGGCUGUGGUGGCCUGUGGUAACCGGUUGGAGGAGACGCUGGUCAUGCUCAAGUCAGCCGUGCUCUUCAGCCACAGGAAGAUGUGCUUUCACAUCUUCACGGAAGAUGCGCUGAAGCCUGAGUUCGAUAAGCAGUUGCGUCAGUGGCCCGACUCAUAUACAAAGAAGUUUGAACACAGAAUCUACCCCAUCACAUUUUCCGUUGGAAACCCCCAAGAAUGGAAGAAAUUAUUCAAACCCUGUGCCGCCCAGAGGCUCUUCCUUCCGGUGAUCUUAAAGGAUGUGGACUCGCUUCUCUACGUGGACACGGAUGUCCUCUUUCUGAGGCCCGUGGAUGAUAUCUGGAAGCUUCUGAGACAGUUCAACUCCACCCAGCUUGCCGCCAUGGCCCCAGAGCAUGAAAUCCCCAAGAUUGGCUGGUACAGCCGCUUUGCCCGCCAUCCUUUCUACGGCUCUACAGGGGUUAAUUCAGGGGUCAUGCUCAUGAACUUAACUCGCAUCAGAAGUACCCAGUUCAAGAACAGCCUGAUUCCAGCAGGCCUGGCUUGGGAGGACAUGCUGCUCCCGCUGUACCAGAAGUAUAAGAAUGCCAUCACGUGGGGAGACCAGGAUUUAUUAAAUAUUAUUUUUUAUUUCAACCCAGAGUGUCUCUAUGUGUUCCCCUGCCAGUGGAACUACCGCCCUGAUCACUGCAUGUACGGAAGCAAUUGCAAAGAGGCUGAGCGGGAAGGUGUGUCUGUUCUGCACGGCAACCGAGGCGUCUACCAUGACGAUAAGCAGCCCACUUUCCGAGCCCUCUAUGAAGCAAUCCGGGAUUUUCCCUUUCAAGACAAUCUGUUCCAAUCCAUGUACUACCCGCUCCAGCUGAAGUUUUUGGAGACAGUGCACACGCUGUGUGGACGGAUCCCCCAGGUCUUUCUGAAGCAGAUUGAGAAAACGAUGAAAAGGGCUUACGAGAAGCACGUCAUCAUCCACAUGGGCCCCAACUCCAUGAGCUGAGUGCCCCCCUUGCUCUGAGUCAGCCUGGCGUCUGUGACUGAGGACAUGGAUCCUAUGCUGCCCGGAUAUUUGUGUGUGGGCAUAUUUACUGGUGCUCUGUGACUGCUGAGUUUCAAAUGCCUGGUUACAUUGUGCUUGAGUUGUUUAUCCCUAAAAGGGAAAGUGCUUUUCUUUAUUAUUUUUAAAUACUAUUUAUCUUUUUUUAAAAAGUUAUUAUUAUGAAUUUAACAUUGUCCCAGCAGGUUGAGAGAGAAAAGGGAACUUUUCCUAGCCCUCAAAUAUGAGACCCUAUCAGUGUAUGCAAGGUCAUAAUUACCUGAUAUUCUUUAGAACCUUCCUAUGCAACUUGCUCUCUCACCCCCAUUAAGAAAUAAUGUGUGUUGGGGCUGGUAGGAUGGCUAAAUGGUAAGAGCAUGUGCCACUAUGCCUGAUGGCCUGUGUUCCCAAUUCCCUCAGAUCGAGAGGAUUCUAAGAAGAGGAUUGACUCAAGUUAUCCUGACCUUCAUGUGGGCCCACACACCCACAAAUAAAGAUAUGUAAUAUUAAAAAUAACAAUAGGGGGCUAGAGAGAUGGCUCAGUGGUUAAGAGCACUGACUGCUCUCCUUGAGGAUCCAGGUUCAAUUCCCAGCAUCUACAUGGCAGCUCAAAACUGUCUGGAAUUCUAGUUCCAGGGGCACUGAAUACUUUUCCAGAGAACCUGGAUUUCAUUUCCAGGACCCACAUAAUGGCUCACAACCAUCUGUAACUCCAGGUCUAGGGGACCCAGCACCCUCUUUUAGCUUCCACAGCCAACAGACACACAAACAGUGUGCACAAAAUAAUAGCUUUUAAAAAUUAAAAUUAAAAUAAUAAUAUGUUGUGAGACAGACAAACUUGGAGAGAAUAAAGGUCAGUGAAUCACAGUCAAGAUUAGAUUAGAUGUAAUCCUACCAACCCCUGGAAGAGGUUGUCACCAUUGUAAUGUAUUUCUUUCCAGACUCGUUAAGACUUCCCUGACUUCUGUGUUCCCAUUGUAACACAUUUAAAACAUGCGACCUCGGUAAAGAUCAGCCUCUGUGCUAAGGUUUCACGUAGGAGACUAAAAAGCCAGACGAGAUAAUUACAGCACCGCUGUGUCUGGAAGAGGCUUUCAGACCAGCUAAUUGGGCAGCAUUUCAAGAUGAAGCGUGUGUCUGAGAGUACAUCCCAGAAGAAUUGCCGCGCUCCGAGGAGGGCGCAAUCAGGAGAAAUUUCUAUGCAACAAAAGCCUCGGAGAGAAAGCCCAAGGGAUCUCUUUAGCAAAGAGGUCUGAUUUUGUAUUUCUCCACGGACAAGAGCACUUGACUGAACUUCUGCGCAGUGGGUAGAAAUCCAAGGACAAGUUCAGGCUUUUGAGGGGGCUUUCC